AUGCACACCAGUUGUUUGAUAAAAUGCUUAGCCGAAGUGUCAACCUCUUAUUUAAAUCAAUAUUUUUGUUUUAGUUUCAUAAAUUAUGUGACUUGAAGUUCUAAAUUGUGGGGUUCUUGAAUUUAUUGAUAAAGUAGAGAAAAAAUUGAGUCUUGAAGAAAAAAAUGUAAUUUUUGGUUAUAAUUAUUGAUUCUUGAUAUUCUUUCUGUUUCAAUUUACUUGUCUCGUUUUGAUUUCAUGCGGAGUUUAAGAAUGUAAAGAGCAGGGUAAGGUUGCAUUUUGUGGUCCGACUUUUUGUCCAGGUUUGACUUGACACGGAGUUUAAGAAGAGUUGAUCUAUAAGAAGCCUAUGGCUUCAAGUAGACCGCGUGGCAGCAGUUUCUCUCGAAACAUAUCUAGUGCAGCGACAUCUCAGGUUCCUGGAGUUAAGCUUGGUCCAAAUGGCACAUCAUUUCUUUCAUCAGGCAUAUCAGAUCUUGACCAGAUUUUGGGCGGUGGCUUUACUUUGGGAAGCCUAGUCAUGAUUAUGGAAGACCCUGAGGCACCUCAUCAUAUGCUUUUACUGAGAAAUUUCAUGUCUCAGGGCCUGAUUCACAAGCAACCCCUACUUUAUGCCAGUCCAGAAAAAGAUCCACGAGGAUUUCUUGGAACUUUGCCUAGUCCAAUGGCUUCUAAGGAGGAAAAAUCUCACGAACGGCCUGCAGAACAGGAUGCGAAUUUAAGAAUCGCUUGGCAAUAUAAGAAGUACUUCGGCGAACAAAAUUCGGAGGUCCAAAGAGGUGGGAAAGCUGAAUAUUGCAAUGACUUUGACUUGCGAAAGCCCCUAGAAAGGCACUACUAUAGUGGGCAGCGGGUUGAUUGCAUUAGUCUUCGAGACUCUUCGAAUCUAGCGCCUCUACUUGAACGUUGCUCAACCUUUUCCGCUCAAAUAUCAAAAUCUGAUGGCAACAUCACAUGUGCCGGUCGUAUUGCCAUUCAAUCACUAUGUUCACCUCAGUGCGACUUCUCUAACAAGGAGUGGGAUAUGCUCUCUUUUAUACGAUCCUUGAAAGGCAUGGUUCGAUCUUCAGGUGCAGUUGCGGUCAUAUCCUUUCCACCCUCACUUGUCUCACCAACCUUUUUAAAGAGGUGGCAACAUCUGGCUGAUACCUUGAUAUCUGUCAAAGCAAUUCCCGACGAGGACAAAGAAUUGGCAAAGCUCCUAACUGGUUACCAAGACAUGCUGGGCCUUCUGAGUAUACACAAAGUGGCUCGCAUAAAUACACAGGUCCCUGCAAUUCUGGAAGCCACAACAUUCUCAAUGAAGCUGCGAAAGCGAAGGGCAUUGGUUUUAGAGUGCCUUAAUCAAGCCCCAGUUGAUGGUUCAAGUGGAAGUUCAUAUGGUACUUCCGGUAGUUGUUCUGGAAGUUCUAAGACAGGGAACCUCGACUUCUAGAUAACAUUAUGCGCGUAACUCCAAUUUCUCUCAACCUAUGGCAUACUCCUGCAAAUGUUGGAUUUGCAAGGUCGUAUGAAGCUGGAUCUAGCGAACAUUCUUAUGUUUCUGUCGCACAUUCUGAACUUCAUCAACAAAAGCUGUUCAAGAAGAGGAUUGCCAGGACGCGUGGUUUGUCUCACUGUAUUAUAGAUUCAUAGUGUUUUACACUUUUACAGUAGCAAGAUUUCGUUAAAUAUUAUGGCAUGAAUUCUAGCGUUAGCUUAGUGCACCGGGCUGCCCUUUUUUCCUUUCUUUUACAGGAACUUAUCUUGAAGCAGUUCUCUUGAUUCCUUAACUACUCCAAUGACAGAAACAGUGUAAUGUGUCUAUUCUUUUGGACAACUC